AUGGCGGCGGAGAGGAAGCUGCUGGGUGCUGACCGGGGGGAGGCACCGGGAGUGGGGGGCGAAGAAGACGAGGGGCAGAGUUUAUGGUCGUCUAUCCUCAGCGAUGUUUCUACCAGGGCACGGAACAAGCUGCCCAGCGGGAAAAAUAUCCUGCUGUUUGGGGAAGAUGGAUCGGGAAAGACAACCCUUAUGGCAAAACUACAAGGAGCGGAGCACAACAAGAAAGGGCGAGGCCUGGAAUAUUUGUAUCUGAGCAUUCACGAUGAGGACCGAGACGAUCAUACACGCUGCAACGUCUGGAUCUUGGACGGUGACUUGUACCACAAAGGCCUUUUAAAAUUCGCCCUGUCCGCCGACACGAUCCAGGACACGCUGGCUGUGUUUGUGGGAGACAUGUCCAGGCCGUGGACGAUAAUGGAGUCGCUGCUGAAGUGGGCCAGCGUCUUACGGGAGCACAUAGACAAGCUGAAGAUUCCACCCGAGGAGAUGAGAGACCUGGAACAGAAGAUCAUAAAAGAUUUCCAAGAAUAUUUGGAGCCAGAAGACGCAUCCUCGGGCUCCCCGCAGAGAAGAGCUCCUACGUCAUCAGGCGCAGAGGAGGAGAAUGUGAUUCUGCCGCUCGGAGACAAUAUUCUCACUCACAAUCUCGGCAUUCCUGUGCUGGUGGUUUGCACUAAGUGUGACGCGGUGAGCGUGUUGGAGAAGGAGCACGACUACAGAGAUGAAUAUUUUGACUUCAUCCAGUCCCACAUCCGGAGGUUCUGCCUACAAUAUGGAGCGGCCUUAAUUUAUACUUCAGUGAAAGAAGAGAAGAACCUGGACCUGCUCUACAAGUACAUUGUCCAUAAAACCUAUGGAUUCCACUUUUACACACCUGCCUUGGUGGUGGAGAAGGACGCGGUGUUUAUUCCUGCUGGCUGGGACAACGAGAAGAAAAUAGGAAUUUUGCAUGAAAAUUUCACGAGCGUCAAACCUGAAGAUGCCUUUGAAGACUUUAUCGUAAUGCCGCCUAUAAGAAAGCUGGUCCAUGAUAAGGAGGUGGCAGCAGAAGACGAGCAAGUCUUCCUAAUGAGGCAGCAGUCUUACUUGGCAAAGCAGCCGGCCACUCCGACAAGAGCCUCGGAAUCUCCAGCCAGAGCUCCCACAGGAUCCCCCCGAACUGCAGGUCGUACUGGACCCACCACCGUACCCAGCUCCUCACCCAUGGCGGCUGUCAAAAAACCAGACCCCAACAUUAAGAAUGCUGCGGCCAGCGAAGGAGUCUUGGCCAGUUUCUUCAAUAGUCUGUUGAGCAAAAAGACAGGGUCUCCCGGGAGUCCAGGCGGCCCGGGGUCUGCUCCGAGCUCUGCCAAGAAAGCAGGACAGAAGCCCGUACUGACCAACGUCCAGGAGGAGCUGGACAGGAUGAGCCGCCCGCCGGACGCCGUGUUAGCGAAUUCUUCCCUUACAGAGAACGAGGCCUGAUGAGCUUAUGAAGCCAACUAUUACACAACACUUAUGUAAAUGACCAAAUAAUAACAAUGUAUAUUGGACUUAAUGAUGCAAAGGCUGCUCUGACACAGCGGAUACUGUAGGUUUUUGCCAUGGAACGAGGCGGGCGUUGCGAGCCUGACUUCAGUGUUAUGUGCCCCCCUCCCUACGUGAAGCUUGCCUUGAAUUACUCCACCUGGUUAACCCCCUCGAGUGCAGAAAGUGGCGAGAAUCGCUCCCGUCUCCGCACGCACAAGCACUUAGUACAGGUUGCAGCCCAUCCUGUAGGGGUCAGAUGGUAAGAUAACGGUUGUAGAAUCUGCCGCCUCUCAUUUGCACCAUGUCGCCAGCCCCGCGGGUGGAGAAAAGGGAUCUUUUGUAAGUUGAAAAAGUUUAAAACUGAAACAAGAAAGUGCUGCCGGCUGCGGCGAAGGAAAGUUCGGUCUGAAAGCCUGGUUAGGUCCGAGCCCUUAUACAUUUAACCACUUCCUUUCGUGCGGGAUGCUUUUGCGGAUAGGUUUUUAAUAUCUGGCUUUCCAAAGGUUUUGGGGAAUCCCUCGCUUUUACUUCCUAUAGGCUGCAGCAGUGGAACAAACGGUAGGAAUCUGCUGCCCUUGUGAAAGCUUUUUGGGGGGUAGGGUACAGUGCCGAUCACAUGGGGCAAACGAGGCAUGUUUGGUCAGUUCCAAGUGCCUAGAGCGGUUGAGGUUGUGCCACUAGGAGGCGCUUGGAGGAUUUAUGCACUGUAUUAACAGUCACUUUUAUAUACAUAAAAUAUAUAUUAUAUUAUUUGCGAUUGCUCUAGCAGCAAACCUCUGUUAUCCGUCUUGACGUCCAGAUCCCGACUGCGCAUUAUCAGUUUAACCCUCCUGGAUGUGUUGAGAGGCCUCGGUGGGGUUGUUUCCAGCCCAACUUUUAUUUUUUCCAUAGAUUUUUAUUACUUUUUUUUGCCAUGGACUUUAUUUUUAAUAUCGUAGAAGAAGCAAGGCAAGUGUUUCUGCAUGUUCUGUCGCAGGUUCUUCUACUGGGAAUGCUCGCCUUUCCAUGACUGGAGGCACAAGGAGCUCCUGCUUUUACUGGUCUGCAACACAAAGCACUAUGGGAGAAUACUGCUGCAGGUUUCCUUAAGACAAAACCACUUUGGCACUUUGUCUUGCCUUAUACCGCCCCCCCUUCCCCCUAAGAAUUUUAUAUUAAUUUAUUUAUUUUAACAUCUACGUUGGCAGGCCAUUAAACCUAUUACAUGCAGUUUCAAUAAAUGGUAACAACCCAUUGUA